UUGGACGGACUCGCUGACCCUUCCCUCCCGCUCUUUCAUCUCUCUCUCUCUCUCUCUCUCUCUCCUGCAAAUUGAUAUCCCCUGGCUUUCCGCUUCCUCUUUCCCCUUGGAUUGGAUCCUCGGAUGACCUGCAUUAAUAGCCCCAAAGAUCGCUUCUUGGGGAUAGGGGCGCGGAGACUCAAGUUUUUCGCCUCCUUUUUGGUGUAUUCGAAGCUUUUGAAGCCCAAGGUCGCAUCUUUACAAGGUUUCGUGAGGGUGAGACAGAGAGGGAGGGAGGGAGGGUUGGGAAGGGGAAGCCGACAAGGGAUUCGAUGGGGAGGGUGAAACUGAAGAUAAAGAGAUUGGAGAAUAGCAGCAGUCGGCAGGUCACUUAUUCCAAGAGGAAAGCGGGAAUACUGAAGAAGGCGAAGGAGCUGUCGAUAUUGUGUGACAUCGAUCUUGUCCUUCUCAUGUUCGCACCUAAUGGGAAGCCUACAAUAUGUGUUGGGGACCGCAGCAACAUUGAGGAGGUUGUUGCAAGGUUUGCUCAAGUAUCUCCACAGGAAAGGGCAAAAAGAAAAUUGGAGAGCCUUGAAGCUCUUAGAAAGACAUUCAAGAAGCUGGACCAUGAUGUUAAUAUCCAAGAGUUCCUGGGUUCAAGUACUCAAACAGUUGAGGAGCUCACUAAUCACUUGAGGUCAUUGCAUGGUCAAAUAUUAGAUGUGCAAAAAAGACUAAGUUAUUGGACCGAUCCAGAUAAGAUUAAUAACAUAGACCAUAUUAGGGCUAUGGAACAGUCUCUCAAGGAAUCUCUUAGCCGUAUUCAGGCGCAUAAGGAAAACUAUGGAAAGCAACUUAUUUCUUUAGAAUGCAGUGGCCAGUUCCAAAAUGACAUGCAUUUGUCCUCGGGAUUAGGCUGUGCGCAAGGAGCCUCACCAUUGCAAUGGCUUCAUAACAAUGAUGGUCAGCAAUUGAUGCUUCCACAAGAUGCUAAUUUGAUACCUCAGAGAGAUGUUGGCUGCUCCACAGACACAUCUCUUCAAAAUUAUCCUGCUUACUUCAGCACAGGAAAACAAACAGAUGCAAAUGAGCCAGUUCAGGAGGAUUCCUUGCAUGAGUUUAGCCCAAAUGCAUGUUUGAGGCUUCAGCUAGGAGGACAAUACCCGUACCAGUCCUAUGGUCAGAAUUUGCUCAGUGAUAGAACAUUCAAGCCUGAUGCCGAAAAUAGUUUACAGGAAAGUACAAUAGAUUAUCAGGUGAAUCAGUUUGAGACACCCAGGUCUGGAUAUGAUGCUAGCUUCCAGAAUUGGGCUUCCACAUCUGGGACUUGUGGUGUUGCAAUAUACGAUGAGCAAUCAUAUACCCAACAACCCAACUAGACGAAGAACUGGAUCAUCUGCCCACCCUUCCUGAUGGAAGAGAGCAUCCCCAGGACUUCAUCCUUGGAAAUCCUUUUUCAAGUGAUAGAUGGCAGGACGUGCUGGUACUUGCUGACUUAAUCUCCUUCUUACAAUCUUAUUAACACCCGAUUGAUGGAACUGUACAUUGUGAUUGUUAUAUAACGUGAGAUAGGAAAAAGGAUAUUUUCUUUUCUUUUUUUUCUUUCUCUUUGUGAAUUCAUAUUUGUUGAUGCUCCUCAGCUGACCAUUUUGUUCAGGUUGUUUUGUAUACAUCAGGAGGAGGUUUUCCUCUUGUAAAUGAUAAUUGUAACUACUGUACAUGCACUGCUGCUUCUCUUCUAUAUGGAACUGUAAAGGAGGACUCUCUUAGCGAAGUAUAUUGUUUGAUGAUCCCUUUAAAUUUCGUGCAUUUGCAUCGUCGGAAUGACGUGCAAUCUUGACCGUCCAAUUGAUGUACUCCAGCUCCGGGUUGUGCACCCGGUUAACGUUAGGAUAUUGUGGGGUCAGGAUCGUCUCUCCGAUCGUUGACGGCUCGGUUGCCAUCCGGCCGUCGGUGUUUGAAAUACGAUUAUUGGGAGCCAUCCGACGGUGUCAGUUGAAAGUGCACAGAAGCGGACCGUCCGGAUCAUUCGAACGUUGGUGGGCGUGUUCGAAU